AUGGGCCCUGAUCGCCCUCCGCAUUUGAUCGCGUUAUUCGCAACGCCGCAUCCGGAAUGGGGAGCUAGCCUAGCGGAUACACCACAGUGCAUACGGGAGCUGCUGACGUACGAGGGGGCCCAGCCGCCGGUGGUCGUGGGCGGCGUGUUGCGGAGUGUCACGACGGCAGCAGGCGGCGGCAGCGGCAGCGGCGGCGGCAGCGGCUCCCAAACCAGCCCUUCCUCCGCAAGCUCCUCCCCCUCGUCUUCCCCUUGCGUGGCCCUCCUGGCCGCUCACCUACCCGGACCACCACCACCGGGAGCAUCAGCAGGACCACCACUGCUCAAUGGAAGAAGGGGCCAAGUUGAGGCGCUCCUGGCGCUUAGAGCGGCAUUACUUCUGAGCACUCCUCAUUUUGUUGAGGUCGAGGAGUUGUUAAAGCGGUUUGGACGAGUUGUUCCUGGCAUGCAGUUGAUUGGAGGUGUCACUUGUCCUGGUGCCUGGGCCGACUCUGAAAGCGACUGGGGGGCCGUGUGGCUGAAUGACAGGACAUACGCACAGGGCGCGGUGGGCUGUGUAAUGCAGGGACCCUUCAAGCUGGAGACCCUGGUUAGCCCCGGCUUUGCGGGCUCGGGGCCCCUCAUGAGGGUGACUCAGGCGCAGGGGCAGUGUGUUUUUGAGCUGGAUGGGGAGGCCGUCCAGCGACCACUCCAACGUGCUAUCUCGGAGGCGCUGAGCUCGGGCGAGUUUGCCUCCUCGCUGAAAAUCGGGCUGGGAGACGCGAACACCAACCCCGCCACCGGAGCCGCCUCCACCAACACCAACACCAUGGGUACCGCUACCAGCACCCCCACCACUAGCUGCUACCGUAACCUGGAUAAGACCGGUAAAAGCGAUUCCCAAAACCCGCAAGCAACAUCCCGAUACCACCCACAACAACAACAGCAGCAACAACAACAACAGCAGCAGCAGCGGUCAUCGCAGGCCAGCCCCCGGCUGCAGCAAAACCAGCACCAGCAAACCCACCAACAGCCGUCCAAGGACACCCCGAACCAGCAGCACCCUACCCAGCUAGUGACCCGCAACUGGUUCUUCCAGCAAGGACCGCCUCGCCCCUUCCUCAUCGUGCAGUCUCCAGCGCCCAUCACUACCGGCGCUCUCCUGCAGGUGCAGCUGCAGAGGUGUCCUGAUGCCUACCACCGGCGGACGCGCGAGCGGUUGCGGGAGUACGCCGAAGCGCUGCCUGCCAGCGUGGUGGCCUCCAAGGGUGCCGUGGGGGGUCUGGGUCUGUCCUGCUCCGCGCUGGCUUUCUCUGAGGGUUCGGAUGUGGCGGAAUGCCUGCCGGGAGCGGCGUUCACGAGCUGCAAAUUGGAGGGUGAGAUCUGCUCCACAGUUGAAGGGCAGCCUGCGCUGCUGCACAGCUUCACAUCCUGUUUAGCCUUCCUGCGAGCAGCCGACUCCUGA